AUGAGAAGCGAUGAUGCCACGAUACCGGAAAUCACAUCGCUUUUCAUUCAGUCGGUCAUUUAUGGAUUUGCUUUUUAUGCUACUAUUCACUUCCAAUGGUAUCACAAGCACCUGGCUAAAAUCGUAAAUUUUAUGCUUGAAAAUUUCAAAAUGCGUUCGGCUAGAGGAUUGACAUAUGUUACAACAGAACCGUGUUACACAAUUGCAAAAUCCUUUAGCUUAUAUUAUACCUUGCUAUGCAUUGCCGGUGUUUUGCAUUUUAUUUUGCUGCCAAUUUACUUACAAGUUUGGGAACUCCCUCUAUCCUGCUGGUAUCCGUUUGAUUACCGGUCAAGCGUCAUCUUUGUAUUAGUCUACAUUUCUCAGUGUUUCGGUCAAAUUCAGGUAGCUCUGGCUUUUGCAAACUCUGACAUUAUUAUUGUCUGCUUAGUUCUACUCAUCGUGGGACAGUACGACAUCUUAUUUUGCAGCCUCAAAAAUGUUCAGUACACGGCGAUAAUGUUAAAUGGAUUGGAAAAGAAUCGAGUUGAGUUGAAAGCUUUUCAGAACCAAAUACUUAUGGACGAUGAGGAAAGGAACCAAUAUUAUUACAGCUAUGAGCAGAGAGAAGACUUAGAUGAUGAUGAAAGCACGUCGUUGGAUUUUAAGGAAAUGGAAGCGAGAUUGAAGGGAACUCGUUUUAGCGACAACAGAGCUACGGAUACAUUCUUAACAGAGUAUCAAAAUGAAUUAUCCGUGGCAUUGCGUGAAUGCAUUAUCCACCACCAGAACCUUGUAAAAGUCUGUGGUAUGUUGGAAUGGUUUUACAAUCCAAUCGUCUUGGUGAAGUCCUUGCAGGUCACUCUACAAAUUUGUAAUUUAGCUUAUGUCUCGACAACAACAACCUCAUCGUUUUUGCAGAAUAUCAACUACCUGGAGUACUUGUUUUUGACGCUCUUCGAUAUUAUGAUUUUUGGAUAUGCUGGAAAUUGGAUAAAGGAACAGGUUUGA